AUGGGGUCGACACCGAAUGUGGUUUCGUCGCCAGAGGCUCACUCACACCCUUCCGACACCCGCGAUGCGCUUCAGGAGGCCCUCACGAACUUCGUGACGGACAGCAUGUAUGAUAGACCGCAGGACAUUCUAGAGUACAUGGUGACGUGGGCCCGCAAGCAGUUGCUCCAGAAGCAGGGGAGAGGGGAGGCGGUGACAGCCCAGGAUGCAAAGGUGCCGCGCUUGUCCAUCUCCCCCACGGGUAUCACUUCGGUGAUACAGGCACCCGUCUUCAUGGAGACCGCUGCAGAAGCGGAUCCGGCUCCGGAGGCGGAGGCUGCGAACCGGCUACGUCACCUUGCGGAGAACCGCCAGAAACGCUACCGAGACAUCGCGCAGGGCUGCCUUGAUAAUUACCUCAUCUCGCUCGAAGACAGUGACGGGGACCUGUUUCACAUCGACGCUCUUCGGCGUAAGAUGGAAGGCACCCGCCAGCAGGCGAUGCAGGCGAGGGGCGACACCGCUGCCAUCGCAGCGCAGCUGAAAGCCAUCGAAGAAGGCGAGGGAACCGCAACGCAGAGGGCGCGCGAGCAGGCGGCGCUUCUCCACGAGUACGAGCAGCGAUGGGCGCAUGAGGCGCUCGACAAGUGCCGUGCUUGA